AUGCUACUCUCACCUCAUCAGUCCAGCAAGUCUGCCCCUCAGGAAGCUGACAUGGUCGAGGACAUUGAUGAGCCCCCUGAUCAUCGGUUUCUGAACACGUCGAUGAACAACAUGGACGACGGUGUCGUUUACGUCAAGUCCACCGCCGCCAUGACUGACCGGAAGGAGUCCCUCCUCACCCGCGCCCUCAAGAGCAGCCCCCCUCCAAGCCCAGCCGAUCGUCAUUCACCAUCUCAGGAGCACUCCUUCUACCGCUCCUACACCUAUACCAACAUCAGCGGCAUCUCUACAGCCGAGUUGACCAGCGAUGGUGGCCUCACAAGCCCCUCUCUAUCCAAUACACCCAGCCCGCCUCUGCCCUCUCACUUGUCCAACAACACGUCUUCGAUGGGUGAUAAGAGAAAGGCGGAGGCGGUGGAAGUGGGCGAGUCGGCUGUCGAGGCGAACCUGGGACGCAAGCGGUGUAUCAGCUUCGCCUGCGGACGCAAAGCCGAGGAGCAGAAGCCACAGAACCCUUCACCACAGCGUCCAGUCACGAAGAUCCAUGACGCCAGCGUUACACCAACUGAGCCUAAGCGGAGGACCGUUCUCACCUUUGUUUGCCCGGCACGGGAUCCCGAAACUCGCCGGGAGAGGUCGCCACUUCGCGGUGGCUGCAGGCCGCGUCCCCGCGGGUCGCCUGCUCCCAUGGCGCGCAAGGCUUCCCCGGAGAAGGCUGCUCCCUCACCGGUGAGCAAGGCUUCCCAGGAGCAGAAGAUUGAUCGCCGGGGUGUCCCGACCAAGGGGUUGGGUAAGUUCGAAGAGUCCGAGGCUACUCGCUUUCACGAAUUUGCCAGCUCCGUCGAGGAAGAUGACGAGUGGGUAACGAAGUCCGGAGAGUAUUCGGAGAAGAUUACGCUUAAUGACUGUAUGAAGAAAGAGAAUGCUAUUAGGAAGCUGGGAGAGGAAGCGGAGGAAGAGGCGCUCGAAGAAGAUGACGAAGAUGAUGUUGAGGACUCCGAUGACGACUCGACCGUUCACGAUUUCUCUUCUGAUGACGGAAAUGAAUCGGAUAAUGAAGCUGGUUUUGCAGAGUCAGACGAGAGUGAUGAUGGUUCGGAAUACGAUUUUUGGGCUCCGACCAGCACUACUGCUGCCACCAGCCCUCAAAAUGCCGACAUCGCUCGCCACCCUUUCAGUCGCCGCGACUCGAACACGUCUUUCGAUUCUGCCAACGAUGUGCAGCAGCAGCAAAGAUGGUCGCCUGUCUUAUCUGCCAAGACAACUAGCCGAUCGCCCAUGAAGAUCCCAAAGUUGCGUCCUGGCACACCUAACCUUCCCGACAGUACGGACUUCGUCUGCGGAACUUUCGACGAAGACCGGCCUCUGGAGGCUGCCUACAAGUCUUGCAUCGAGCAGCGCCGUCUUUCCAAGCAAAUUGUCAUCCCUCAAGAUAUCGAUCCCAGCUUUCCCACUUCGGAUCCUGAAGAUGAGGAGGAUGAGGAGGAUGAUAUUGAGGAAUCUGUGAUGGAUGAAGGACCUCGGGGACGGACUGGUAGAGACUCUGCGCAGAAGCCUUCUCCUCGUACGUCUCCCAGACGUAUGGUCUCACCUCCGCCUCGCCGUCAGGGUCGUUCCUCGCCAAAGCGUCUUCGCUCUCCGCCGCCGCCGAUGAAGCUGCGGUCUUCCAAGGAUGACCUGGCAUCUGCGGAUGAGGCCCCUGCUGUGCCGUCGCGGGGACUGAACAUCAGUGAACUGGUGCAACGUCCCGCGAUGUCUCGUACCAAGUCCCUGCCUCGGACGCCCAACCCUUUCUUCACUAGUUUGGACAAGUCUCACCGCUGGUCUGGCAUUGUCCCUGUUUACGAAUCGCCGGAGCGCGAGUCGUCACGCACCCGUGAGGUGCACACCAGAGGUCCCAUCGAUAUUGUUGAGGGUCUCGAGAAGAAACGCCAGAAACGAAAGGAGAAGUUCUGGCGUCAGCAUUGCCGCAAAGCUGCCAAGGAGCAGAUGGUACGGCGACCGAUCCCCGGAAAAGGUGCUGAACGGAUGAAGGAGCUUGGCCUCGAAGUUGCUGAGAGGUGCAGAGCUUACGGCGUUGGAGAGAACGCCCAGCUCGUCCUAUCUGUUUAG